UUUUGAUAUUUGAAAUAUUCUUUAAUUGAAUAUAAAUUUUAUAUGUACCCUGUUUAUAUAUGUAAUAUGUCUUAAUGUUUUUGAUUAGUUUUACUAGAGAAAAAGUUACUUUUUAAAAAUAUUGAUAAUAAGAACACAUUUUUAUUUUGACUUCUUGAUAUGUAUACUUAAAUUUAAUCGUUGGUUUAUGAAAAUAAAGAAAGUAAUAAGGUUUUCUUACAUAAAUAAAGCCAUAAAAAAUUGAAAUAUGCCUUUAAUAUCUGAAAAUAACUCUGAAAGUGAAAAAAUAUCACCAAGCUCUGUUAUUAUAAUACAUCCUGGAUCUCUUAAUUUAAGAAUAGGCUGUGCAAGUGAUGUUACACCACAUACUGUUAUACAUGGUAUUGCAAGAGCUCAAAAAAUUCAAGGAAAUGAUAGAAAAGACCAAAUUUUAACAAGUCUACCUCGAAAAAACUCUGACACAUUGGCAACAAUGGAAGAGAGUAGACUUCAAGCUUCCCAUAUGUUACAAUCUAGCUUGCAAUCUAAUGGAGAUCGGAGAUAUGCAACUCCUCCACAGCAAAUAGCUUCCUAUAACCGUAAAUCUGUACCGAAGCAUCUAGAUAUUCCACCAAAGCAAUACAUUAAACCUACUAGUGAUACAGUAUUUGGAGAUGAUAUUUUUAAUAUUGAUCCAUCCCUUAACUAUAAUAUUUAUUUUCCAAUAGUUAAUGGUGAUUUAAAUGUUACUGGAAAAAUAGGAGGCUCACUUACUGCUGUUUUAUCAGAUCUAGAAGCUAUUUGGACUUUUUAUAUUAAUAAUUUAUUGAAUGUUCCUACUUCUAAUUUCAAAGUAAGAAUAUUUUUUAAUCUAUUUAGUAUUAUUCUUUGUUCUACAAUAAGAAGAGAUAAGGAAAUAUAUGCUUUUUUAAUUAACAAUUCUGACAUUUUUAAAUGA